AUUUUAAUUGAGCUUUUCGAAACCGAAGAUCCUAGAGAAAGAGAUUACUUGAAAACCAUUCUCCAUAGGAUCUACGGGAAGUUUAUGGUUCACAGACCUUUUAUUAGGAAAGGGAUUAACAAUAUCUUCUAUAGGUUUGUUUACGAGACGGAGAGACACCGUGGGAUUGGUGAGCUUCUGGAGAUUAUGGGGAGUAUUAUAAACGUUUUCGCCUUGCCGAUGAAGGAGGAGCAUAAGCUGUUUUUGAUCAGGGCGUUGAUACUGUUGCAUAAGCCUAAACCUAUUGGUGUGUACCAUCAGCAGUUGGCUUACUGUGUUGUUCAGUUUGUGGAGAAGGAUUACCGGCUUGCGGAUACGGUGAUUAGAGGGUUGUUGAAGUUUUGGCCGGUGACGAAUUGUACAAAGGAGGUUUUGUUUCUUGGUGAGCUUGAAGAGGUUCUUGAGGCUAUGCAGCCCGUUAAGUUUCAGAGGUGUAUGGUUCCUUUGUUUUAACGGGUUGCGCGGUGUCUUAAUAGCUCUCAUUUUCAGGUUGCAGAGCGGUCUCUGUUCUUGUGGAACAGCGAGCACAUUGUGGUUCUAAUAGCUCAGAACAGAAGUGUAAUACUUCCCAUCAUAUUUGCUUCCCUGGAGAAGAACACAGAGUCUCACUGGAACCAAGCGGUUCAUGGUCUAAGCAAGAAUAUAAAGAGAAUGUUCAUGGAGAUGGACCCUGAGCUCUUUGAAGAAUGCCAGCAAGAGUAUGAAGAGAAACAAGCGAGAUCGAAAGAAGUGGAAGAGCAGCGACAAAGUAGGUGGAGGAGAUUAGAUGAAGCAGUGGAAGAGCGUGAAAGAGUAGUAGGAGAAGAGGAUCAUAUGAUCACUUCUUAGAAAAAUACCAAAUCACUUUCUCUUGAUCUAUCUAAUCAUAUAACAAUGAUUUAAUAUAUUUUUUUACUUAUUAUAACUUUGGCUGUCUAUAACGGUAAGUACAUUUUUGUAGUGCUAAUUCUUAUUACCUAAUAAAAUAUGAAUUUAUGUUUACCAUAUAUAUGCAUAAACAGUUAAUUACAUUAUUGAUGAAAUUAAGAUAUCUAACCUAUACUAAAAGGCAAAUAUAAAGGGAUUCUAGCAUGUCCAUGUUGACAUAUAUAUUUGGCCAAUCAAAACAUUUAAUUAAUACACGUUGGAUCUACUAAACUAAACUAUUGAUUUCGUAUGGGCUUCAAUGUGCUUCCUCUGGGCUUCGUCGGUUAACACUGGGCUUUGCUAUCCUAUCGAUACAAUCUAUCGGUUCAAUUAAAAAAAAACAACCCAAGACGGUGAACACAAGGAUCUAGGCCUCUAACUCUUCGUCUUCACCGUUUGUUCUCCAUCGUUUCAGUUCUCUCGAUCCACAUCUCCACAAUCAAUGACUUGGACCAUCUCUAUGAUACUCUUUUACUGAAGUUUGAAACGUGGAACAUGAUUCUGUGACCAACAGAGAAAAAUGAAAUUUUUUUUAUGAAAUUUACAAAGUCUUAAACGAAAAUUGUUCAAAUCAAUAUAAUUCAGUAUAAUAUAUAUUAACAUACAUUAAAAAAUACAAUCUUAAGAUACAUAAUAUUUUAUAUUAUUAAUAAUUAUUUUAUUUCAUCGUAUAUUUACACAUAAGACUAUACUAAAAUAAAAUUUCAAAUAUGUAUCAUCUUACAACUAUUUUUUCUUAUUAAGAUUAUGGAUUGGAAUAAUAUUUUUGGCUGACUUAUUUAGUUUUUUCUUUUAAAUUUGAAAAUAUAAUUGAUAACUCAUAUUUUUUCUUUACUAUUUUUUCUUUUACAUUGCUUUUUUUGACCACAUCACUUGGUUAAUAGCAAACCAAUUCGGAAAUAUUUCAAAUUUCGAAUUCAGUUCACAUCUAUUAUUCUGGAUUGAAGAACUGGUUUUAUUUGAUUUGAUUAGAAUUAGUUUGUAAUUUUUCUUAAUUUACCAUGUGAUUUGAAAAUAUGAUAUUAGAUGAUCACUUUGCAUUGUGUAAAACUAAGUUCUUUAACUCAUUUGAUCAAAAUAUUAUCAUUAUAAAAUAUAUGUAGACAACACUAAAUGAUUAAGCAAAUAUAUGUAGACAACACUAAAUGUUAAUUAACUUGGAUUGCAUGUUCUUAUUUUCGUUUUUUUCCUUAUUUAAAGAUCUAGAUUUGGUUAACUUUUCCAGCAACUCUAAUGGAAGCAAAGAAGCAGUCAACACAGCUCAACCACCACAACCGCCACAACAAUUAGCAGUCAACACAGCUCCACCAGCCACAUCAAUAAGCACUCAAGAAACCUCAGCCUCAGGAGUAACUAAUAUAUUAUACAAGCUAAGCAAAGCCGAGCUCAGAAGCUACCAAUUGACACGCAUUGAGAAACCGGAAGAAGACAUCGACCCAGAUUACUUGCAUUAUCUGAGAGCAAUAGGUGCAUACGACUCAGUUCAACCACAGUCGGCACGAGGAAAGGGUUGUGGUCGUAAGGGUCGACGCUAAAACAUCUACCUAAUAUUCCUAAUGCUGUGAUAUUUGUAUUACCAUUGCUUCACUAAUGUUUUAUUUGCUUCAGUAUGCUAUAUUUGCUUGGUAUGUUAUAAUUUGAUCUUCUAUGUUUGAUUUGCUUCAGCACAAUAUUUUUCUUUUUCCUAUGUAUGAGAUUUGUGCGUGUUUCUAAUAAAAAAAUUAAUUUUAAUUGUAUAUUUUCUAAAAAACUACAAAUUAUGCAAUUAAACAUUACAAAUCAAACAAUUGUUGCAGCAAAUCAACCAACAAAUGUUUCAUUAUCCAAUAUGCUACAUAUAAAAAAAGUAUCUAUGAAACUUUACAUCCUAGCACAAGAAAAAACUACAUUAUAGUAUUCAAUGACAUAUGUUUUAAUAUAGCAAUAUAAAACGUUAUAAUACCGCGUUUCAUAAUAUCCAGACUAUGUAUUAAAAAAAUGAUAUACAUAUGAGCACAAAAAAAAACUUUAGAAAAAGCAAAGUAUUUUAAUUUAUAAUAAAUAAUAAAGUAUGAUUACUAAAAGACUAAUAUAAACAUUUUUUUCCAUCUCUUCAACUGAUACCAUUUGACUAAUAUAAACUUUAACUAUGUUUACAUAUAAAAUAUAAAACAAAAUAUGAAUUAGUGGUAUUCUAAACAGAACAUUAUAAUCUUCAGAAGAAAUUGCUCUGAUUUUACAAAUAUUUUAUAAAAAAAGUCAAAUGAUAGUAAUGAUUUUGAUGUUAUAUUUGAUGUUAACACAACAACAUCAUUAGUAUAAUUUAAACAAAAUCAUUAAUAUAAUUUUAAAAAUGUGAAUUAAUGGUAUUCCAAACAGAACAUUAUAAUCUUCGGAAGAAUUUGCUCUGACUUUACAAAUAAUUCAUAAAAAUUACUAAUAGUAAUACAUUUCAAAUCAAACACAAAAUUGAAAUAACCCAUUUUUUUUUAAAAUAAAGAUUACCAAUAGUAAUAAAAUAUUUCAAAUCAACCACGAAAUUAAAAUAUCUUAUUUUCCGCGCGUAGCGCGGACAAAAACUCUAGUUGUUCGUAAUGUCUCUGAGAUCUCCAAUAACUGAUAUUAUUAAGUUAUUUAUGCCAAAAAUUUGCAUGUUUGACGUUAAAAUAAUCCGCAUAGUAAAUUACUUCAAAGGCAUAUUAGCCGAUGGAAAUGUUUAGUGAUUUUAGUAAUUAUCAUCAUGUACAUAUUUAUCAUAUUAUUUGUGUUAUCAUAUACAUAUAUUUAUAGUAAAUAUUAUUGAUAUAUGUGAAUAUCGUGUAAUAUUAAUAGAUUGA